GCUGGAGACGUGUCCUCACUGAGGGCUGCCGAGAGUCCUUCGUCUCCUUUUGUGCCUGCUCCCUGCCUUUGAAACCAGCCUUGGACACCCGCUCCGACCUUCCCAGCGCGGAUUCCAGCAUCUCGUCCCUCUGGGCCGGUCACCUGAGUCUUGGCUUUGAAACCAGUCCUAGGUCCCUUCCCUUGGGUGCCCGGCGUCUCCCCAGGGGCCCUCAUCCUGGGCCAUGGCCCAGAGGGCAGGCCUGGGGCCUAGUCGGCUGGAGGCCGUGGCCAUUCUGCUUUUGCUUGGAUUAUUCCAGUCCGGGCUGGGAACUGCUGGGGCCCGGGCUGAAGCCUAUUGCGGUGUGGCCUCCCAAACACGCAUCACAGGUGGAAACAGUGCAACCCCUGGCCAGUGGCCCUGGCAGGUCAGCAUCAUCUAUGUUGGCGUUCAUGUGUGUGGCGGUUCUCUCGUGUCUGAUCAGUGGGUGCUGUCGGCUGCUCACUGCUUUCCAAGGGAGCACCACCAUGAAGACUAUGAGGUGAAGCUAGGGGCCCACCAGCUGGACUCCUAUACCCCUGCAGCCGAGGUCCGCACUGUGGCACAGGUCAUUUCCCACACCAGUUACCAACACGAGGGCUCCCAGGGGGACAUCGCACUCCUCCGUCUCAGCAGCCCUGUCACCUUCUCCCGCUAUAUCCGGCCCAUUUGCCUCCCUGCAGCCAACGCCUCCUUCCCCAAUGGCCUCCAAUGCACUGUCACUGGAUGGGGCCAUGUGGCUCCCUCAGUGAGCCUCCAGGCCCCCAGGCCACUACAGCAACUUGAGGUGCCACUGAUCAGUCGUGAGACAUGUAACUGCUUAUACAACAUCCAAGCCAAGCCUAACGAGCCCCACUCUAUCCAGCAGGACAUGGUGUGUGCUGGCUAUGUAGACGGGGGCAAGGAUGCCUGCCAGGGUGACUCUGGGGGCCCACUCUCCUGCCCUGUUGGGGGCCUUUGGUACCUGACAGGCAUUGUGAGCUGGGGUGAUGCCUGUGGGGCCCCCAACAGACCUGGUGUGUACACUCUGACCUCCAGCUAUGCCUCCUGGAUUCACUACCAUGUAGCGGAACUCAAGCCUCAGGUGGUGCCCCACAUCCAGGAGUCCCAGCCCGACAUCGAACUCUGCAGAAACCAUCCGGCCUUCAACUCCACCCCAGACCAGGGUCUGUUAGGGCCCAUCCUUUUGCUGCCACUAGCCCUGACCCUGGGCCUCCUCCACCCAUGGUAGGAGCACUGAGCUUCUCAUCCUGGGAGUUGACCCUGCUUCUAGGACUGCCAUAUAUUGUGCCCAAGGACAGAUGCCUAUUCCCAGGAAUGGACCUGGCCCCUCCUUGACACUCUUUGGGCCUGAGGCUUAAGUCAUUCCUUCCUCCUAGGACCCUGUGGGAGUUCAGGGCACCAUCCUGACGUUUGAGCCCAUUCUCCUACAGUCUCUUUGGGACUAUAACCCAUAGCCAGGAAUUUUACUGCCUGUGGUUCUGGCCAGAACCUCUGGCCACCUGCUGUCCAUAAGCCUAUUGGUUGGGCUCCUGUGAAGCUCCCAAGGAGCCUUAGCUAAGAAAAUGGACCCUGGCUCUUAUGUUUCUGGAAGACUGGACAGCUGCCCAGCUGACUGCUGCUAAAGGGCUGGCUUCCGUGCCUGACUUGCUCUGCCUGAUGAGCCCCAUCGCUUCACCCUCGUCUUCCGGGCUGGAGCUGUCUCUGAGCAGCAUGUUUCUAAGGACAGAAAAGGCCCCAAUCUUGCCCCAUUGGCUGCCAUGCCCCCACUGAGCCUUGAUUUCUGCACUCCGGAGGACUGAGCCCCCACCGGAACUGGGCUUGGGCUUGGAUCUGGGGUGGGGGGUAGAAGGAGCAAGAAGGAAUAAAAUGUUUUGAGCACAA